AUGUCUACCGUGUUGUUUCUCACAGCCACUGUCUUCGGGCAGGGAACUGGACAAUACGGGACGUACUACUGCAUGACAGUGGAGGGAAAACCAGCCCCGAGCAACAAUUUCUGCAAUGCAGUAAAAGGCGCAGUCCUCCCUUCCCCUGGCUUCUGCUGCAUUCGCUCCUCCGACUUUGACAGACUCCAGGCUCUUUCGAAGGGGUGCGCAGAUAAUGGCCUGGUACUUGGACAGAAAAAGGUUCCUUGUAGCCCGUAG